AUGAAUCACGUAUCAAAGAAACGGGAACGCACAUCACCCAGCCCGAAUCGGGCCCAGCACCUCGAACGAAAUCGCACCGCGGCAAAUAAAUACCGCCAGAAGAAGAAGAAAGAGCACGAGGAGAUCGACCAUAGACUACACGAUGAAACCGAGAAGAGGGAACUGCUGCUGUCGCAAGUUCACAGCCUCCAGAAGGAGGUCUGGGACCUGAAGAAUAUGAUAUUUCAACAUGCUGGAUGCGAUCACAACCAACCCAACUUACCGUCGGCCAGCGCUGGUCGCGCUCAUCCAAACAACCUGAGCUUCUCCAGCCAGCCGAGUCACUCGAGCUACCAAACAGAUUCGUCUCCGACACAGUGA